GCUGGGACAGCAGGCCGAUUGGCAGGGCGGGGCUGCCUUCGAUCCUGGCCACUUCUCUCAAUCAUCGUCUUCUGAUUCAGGGUGGCAUUGUGUGUCCCGGAGUGCAGGAGCGAGUCCCAGAAGAGAGGCGAGGCUGAGCCCAGAGCGCUGGGCUGCUUCAGCAGGGAAGACUCCCUUCCCCCUGCUUCAGGCUGCCGAGCACUGAGCAGCGCUCAGAAUGGAAGCCAUCGCCAAGUAUGACUUCAAAGCCACUGCAGACGACGAGCUGAGCUUCAAAAGAGGGGACAUCCUCAAGGUUUUGAAUGAAGAAUGUGAUCAGAACUGGUACAAGGCAGAACUCAAUGGGAAAGAUGGCUUCAUUCCCAAGAAUUACAUAGAAAUGAAACCACAUCCGUGGUUUUUUGGCAAAAUCCCCAGAGCCAAAGCAGAAGAAAUGCUUAGCAAACAGCGGCAUGAUGGAGCCUUCCUUAUCCGAGAGAGCGAGAGUGCUCCUGGGGAUUUCUCCCUCUCAGUCAAGUUUGGAAACGACGUGCAGCACUUCAAGGUGCUCCGGGACGGAGCCGGGAAGUAUUUCCUCUGGGUGGUGAAGUUCAAUUCUUUGAAUGAGCUGGUAGAUUAUCACAGAUCUACAUCCGUCUCCAGAAACCAGCAGAUAUUCCUCCGGGACAUAGAGCAGGUGCCACAGCCGACAUACGUCCAAGCCCUCUUUGACUUCGACCCCCAGGAGGAUGGAGAGCUGGGGUUCCGCCGGGGAGACUUUAUCCACGUCAUGGAUAACUCAGACCCCAACUGGUGGAAGGGGGCGUGCCACGGGCAGACCGGCAUGUUCCCCCGCAAUUACGUCACCCCUGUGAACCGGAACGUGUAGGAGUCGAGGGGAGAGUAUUUAAAGAAAGCGAAACAUGGAAAACACGUCCAAAAGAAUUCACCCCACGAGCUGCUCUAGCGGCAGCCUGCGAGGGGCUCGGAACACCUUGCCGGGUCACCCGAUGACCCUCUCACCUGGUUGGAACUUUGGGGGGUGGGAGGGGGAGUUGGAUAUAACAAUGCCAAAACUUACCUAUAAAUUAAGAAAAAGAGUUUUUAUUACAAAUUUUCACCGCUGCUCCUGUUUCUCUUCCUUUGUCCUUUUUUUCAUCUCUUUUCCCUUCUGUCCAUCAGUGCAUGACGUUUAAUGCCACAUAUAGUCCUAGCUGAUGCCAAUAAUAAAAGAAAAGAAACCAAGUGGGCUGGUAUUUUCUCUAUGCAAAACGUCUGUUUUAGUCAGAAUGACUGAAGGAACAGCCGUUGCUGGGCGCUUCAUGUACACACGCAGAAGCGGCGGCUUCUGCCCAAGGAGGGGCGGGCGAGUAGGAAUCCGCCUUCCAGCCCCCACCCCAGUGUCUCCGUCAAAGUUGGAAACAGAGAGGGGGUGAAAGGAGGCAGCGUUGCCCCUUAUGACUUCCUGAGAAAGUCAAGCUGAAACCCGUGUCUCUCUCUCUCCGCGUUUUUCCCUUCCGAAUGGUAUUACUGAGCAUGUCGUUUUUUAUAGUGCCUUUUUCCUUAUUUCAAGGGUUGCUUAUGAGUGGUGUUCUUUUUGUUUUGUUUUAAAAUAAGUUAAAGACAGUCUAGAGCUUUUCAGCUGGUGUGUCUCCUACUCUGUGUAAAUAUUGUUCCCUCAGGGGGAGGGGAGAACAGGGUAGAGAAGAGGAGGCAGGUAGAAGUGCGGGCUGCGGGCAUUCUGCGUCCUAAGGCAGGAGAGGUUAAGGUUCAGCUUUGAUACCUGUGAGCCCUCCGGAGUUUAAAAGGCCAGGAGCCCAGGGUAUCUGGAGUCGCUGCCCGGGCCGCGGUGUGACCAGCUGCCAGGGAAGGAGAGGCGACGGCUCUUCCCACGUUGGACUGGAUCUGGCUGAAAGGGGGCUCAGUGACCUUGACCUUGCGGUCUCAGGUGCUGUCUACCCCCUCCUUAAUCCUAGAGACCCUUAAGCUGCAAAUCCCUCCAGCCAGCAAAUUUCAAACACAGGAAAGCCCGAGGAAUUUAAACUGUCACUUUGACUAUAUCGGGAUAUACCGUAUUCCUACGUGGGGGUAGAAAAUGAGUCUUCAUUUUUCUUGCUCUGAAAGCCAGGGGUAUCUGUUCAUGCCUUUUACUUUUUGUGUCCCCACCUAACCUGCCCAGAUGAGCCUUAGGGCAGCAUCCAAGAAGCAGCUGGGUGGUUUUCGGUCUCAUUCACAGCGGGCUGUGUUUAUAGCUGCUCCACCCCAACCCCGAAACGGAAAGAUUUCCGGGAAGCAGGGAUAGCUGGGAAGGAAGGCUGGAAAUGCAGGAAGGCCAAGCCCACUGCAGAGCGCUCUGUCUCCUGUCAGCUUCUUGCCCCUCGGAGUGAUGUGCCUGUGACCUUUCUCUCUUCACCCAGUCCCCUUCUGACCACACCAAGGGGGCCGCAGAGUCAUUGAUGGCUUUGGGCUCUAACGCGGUCGUGGGCGUCUGCCCUGGACUCUGGUUGUGGAGCCAGACUGGGCCCAGGGCUCUUGGAGGCCCAAGAGGCGGCUGCUCUUCUGGACGGAGCGAGAGGCCUCUCGCUCCCUCUCUUGAUAGCUUCUCCCUUCCCCGCUGGUAAAAGGAAUCUGGCAUUCUACACCUGGACCAUUUGAUUGUUUUAUUUUGGAAUUGGUGUAUAUCAUGAAGCCUUGCUGAACUAAGUUUUGUGUGUAUAUAUUUAAAAAAAAAAAUCAGUGUUUAAAUAAAAAGAUCUAUGUACUUAAUCCUUUAACUCUGCGGAUAGCAUUUGGUAGGUAGUGAUUAACUGUGAAUAAUAAACAUACAGUGACUUCUUCA